UUUGGGCAUGAGUGUAGAGGAUGGGGGUGUGCCAGGCCUGGGCCGUCCCAGGAAGGCCCGCUGGACCCUGAUGCUGCUCCUGUCCACUGCUAUGUACGGUGCCCAUGCCCCAUUGCUGGCACUGUGCCACGUGGACGGCCGUGUGCCCUUCCGACCCUCCUCGGCUGUACUGCUGACUGAACUGACCAAGCUGUUGCUCUGCGCCCUCUCCCUCUUGGUGGGCUGGCAAGCAUGGCCCCAGGGGACCCCACCCUGGCGCCAGGCCGCCCCGUUUGCACUGUCAGCCCUGCUAUACGGCGCCAACAACAACCUGGUGAUCUACCUGCAACGUUACAUGGACCCCAGCACCUACCAGGUGCUGAGCAAUCUCAAGAUUGGAAGCACAGCCCUGUUCUACUGCCUCUGCCUCCGACACCGCCUCUCUGCACGCCAGGGCUUAGCACUGCUGCUGCUGAUGGCCGCCGGAGCCUGCUAUGCAGCCGGGGGCCUCCAGGACCCAGGGACCACCCUUCCCGGGCCCCCCUCAGCAGCUGCUACGAGCCCCAUGCCCCUGCACAUCACUCCACUGGGACUGCUGCUUCUCAUCCUGUAUUGCCUCAUCUCCGGCUUGUCCUCCGUGUACACAGAGCUGCUCAUGAAGCGACAGCGGCUGCCGCUGGCCCUUCAAAACCUCUUCCUCUACUCUUUUGGUGUGCUCCUGAACCUAGGUCUGCAUGCAGGUGGUGGCCCCGGCCCGGGCCUCCUGGAGGGUUUCUCGGGAUGGGCGGCACUCGUGGUGCUGAGCCAGGCACUGAAUGGACUGCUCAUGUCGGCCGUCAUGAAACACGGCAGCAGCAUCACACGCCUCUUUGUCGUGUCCUGCUCUCUGGUGGUCAAUGCCGUGCUGUCAGCCGCCCUGCUGCGGCUUCAGCUCACCGCUGCCUUCUUCCUGGCCACACUGCUCAUCGGCCUGGCAGUACGCCUGUACUAUGGCAGUCGCUAGCCCCUCACCACCUCCAUCCUGACUCCUGACCUGUAGGUUGGGCACCACCAUCAGAGCCACCUCCCAGUGCUGACCCCUCCCCUCAGCAGCCCUGUAACAAGUGCCUUGUAAGAAAAGCAGGGGAAGUGGGAGCAGCCACCUUAGUCUCUGGAGGUAGGUUAUCCCUGGGAGACUUGAAGGCUGGGUUUGAUUAAGAAAACUCUUCCACCCCCCACAACUACUUCUGGACUAAGGAAUUAGGGGAGCAUCCGUUCAGAGGCCUGAGAAGUUAUCCUAUGCUGAUGGAGGAGGCAUGCUGCUUCAUCCUGCGUGAAUGCAGUUGGCUUUCCUUGCCUGCUGUGAUCACCCCAGCAGACCCAUAGCUCCCCAGGCCUGGUGCUGGCUGCUCCAGCCCAACCAUGGUACAUGGCUCCCCCAUACAUAGCUCAUCUCCCAGUGUCAUGUAGGAAAGCCCAGUUGCUGAAGGUUAUGUGUAUGUCCAUCACCCAGGCCUCUGCCAUGCUUCCAUGGCUCCAGCAGCAUGUAGAGGUAACACCCCCUGCUCUCUCCACACCUAGCCUUUGUUCUGGAAUCCUCAGAGAGGACUGGGGCUUGACUCAUUUCAGGGAAUGUUGCUCCUGGACCCUGGCUUGAGUCUACACUCCUGAUCUCUCUGCUCACCCUAAGGGCUCUCUCAAGGCCCACUGUCCCCUCUGGAGCUCCUCGGAGGUAUCAUCCUUCCCUCUCUGGGUCCUGCCCUUUCCUCACAGCGACCCAGUUCCCAUCUGCCUGGGAAACUCUACAUGGAGUGGCCUGGGACCAGGCACAGGGAAACUUGCUUAACUCAAUCAGUGUCUAAAUGCAUAAGCAAUAAGGUCUUAAUAAAGUGCUCUGGGAUGUAGGUGAUUCCUACAGUUGGUCA